AUGGCCUCCUCUCCCCGGCUCCAUAUCGGUGAUUCUAAUGGAUCUGAUUCCCCGGUUCGAGAUCUAAAAAGAAAUCUCCUCCAUUGCUGGUCCAAGCUUCCUCAAGAUCUCAUGCAUAUGGUUUUUGAGCGCCUUGGAUUUGCAGAUUUCGAACGAGCUAAAUCCGUUUGUUCAUCUUGGCUGUCCGCUUCGAGACAAUCUAAGCCAAGCAAUAAAAUCCCUUGGAUGGUUCUAUUCCCUAAGGACAACAACUACGGUCUCUUGUUCAAUCCUGAAGAGAAAGACAAGUUUUACAAAACUCAAGAUCUUGGCAACGACUUUUCAAAGAGUUUUUGUGUGGCCACUUAUAGAAGCUGGCUUUUGAUGCUCGACCCUCAAUAUAUGGAUUAUCGUCAAGCGAAAACUGAAGAUCCUCUAUAUAACCUAUAUAUUUUAAAUAUUUUGACGCGUGAGAGGAUUUAUCUACCAACUUUGGAAUCCGAAUUUGGGCUCACCGCUCCAAUAUUUUGGAUGGACGAGAAAACCAAAGAUUACCUUGUUAUGGGUAUGUUUAAUGAAGAAGAUGCUGUUUCUUUCAAGAAAGGAGAUACCUCGUGGAAACAAAUUCCCCAGUUGGCAUUGUCAGGUAUCGACGAAUGUUUUAACAUGGUAUAUAAGGAUCACAAGCUUUAUUGUCUCAACUAUUAUAAACUCAAGAUUUUCGAUUUUUCUGGAGAAAUUCCGGUGCAAGUUUUCAAAAUAAGCGUACGAGGGUGCAUAAGAAGAUUAUCCGGACUUCGUAUAAGAAUGCCUGGAAAUUUUCCUUUGAAUCGUAAGAAAAAUAAUGUGGUAGUCACAUUAAGUGGAGAUGUUUUAAUUGUUACAAGCACACGUCCGAGUAUGUCCAAAAUAUGGAACUUUGAAAUCUACAAGAUGGAUUCAUCAAAGGGGAACAAAUGGGAAGAGAUUAUUUCUUUGGGAGAUGAGGUAAUUCUUUUGGAUUUGGGUAUCACAGUGUACGCCAAGGAAAUUAAUGGAGGAAUCAAGAGAAAUUCGAUCUACUUCAAUGGUCGUGAUUUUGGAGAUAAAUACGAUGAAAAUGAUAUCUUGAUAUUCAGUCUCGAUGCAAAGAAGGUGGAACAACCGCACCAGUUUGUUUGUUCCUCCGUACCAUGUUCCAAUGCACGAUGGUUCUUACCAAGUUUUAAACGAGAAUGA